UUAUUCUCUCCCUCCCUCCCUCUCUCCCUUCCAUCACUGGUCUCUCUCUCUCUCUCUCUCUCUCUCUCGCUCUCUUCCUUCUGUUCUAUCUCUCUUUAAACCCUAAACCCUUUCUAUCUCUAUCUUCGAUCCAUCUGAGAAACCCGAAACCCUUCAAAUUUACUCCUUCAAAUCGUCUUUCUGACGGAGAAUAUGAAGAGAAUAUGAAGACGAAGCACAAACAAACCCUAAGACGAAGCAGAUGAAGAAGACGAAGAAGUUUGAGAUUGCUGAAAUCUAUCACGCAUCUUGAAAUCCAGGAUAUAGAAAGGUCAAAAUUUGAUGGAUAAGGUUCCAAAAAACAUAUAUUCAUUGUGCUGCAUAGUUGGGUCACGCUUACGGUUGAUCCGGAUGUGUUGGCUUUUGUAGAUUUGUUGAGGAUUUGAUUAGUUAGUUUUUGAUUCAUUGUUUCAGUGAACUGUGCUGGAGGAGGCAGGGUAGACUAUAAAAGCAACAAAAGUUUCUUUUUAUCAGAAAUGUCACAAUAUUAUGACAUUGAUGACAUUAUUGCAGAAGAUGAGCUUGUCCCAGCUGUAUUCCAAGUGUCCGCAAAUGGAGUUGGUCUCUUUGAUUCUAGUGAUGAAACAAAUAAGGUAGAACAAGGUUCAAAAGUAGAGCUUCCUUUUUGGCUUGCUCGUGAGCUGCACCUGAGACAAGCAGUAUCCAUUAAUCUUCCCCACUGUUUCAAUCAAAAAACAAGGGAGGAACUUGCGGCUGAUGCGGCACAUGUGGAUCUAAGGAAUCGAUGUCCAUACUUCUAUGAAUUAGGACGCAAGUUAUUUACACUAGUUGGUGAUAAAACCAUUGGAACCUUGCUGCUUGCUGCAUUUCAGACCAGGUACAAGGAAGUGCUGAUCAAGGCACAAACUGCAGCACUGGCAGUGGCUCCUAAAUUCUUAACACUUCUAACAAUAGAAGAAACGAAAUUGUACGAGGCUGCUCAAUCCUCAAUGGUAGCAUUUAAGAAGUGGCGAAUGGGUGGACCCAGAUUUCAGAAAGCAUCUGUUCUUGGGAGGAAAAGAAGACCAUUGGAAUAGGUGCAAUGCAAUCUCUGAUGUUAUGAUGCAACUCAUUAUCUGGUCUGAAGUUGUCUAUUGGUGUGAGAUGGAUCCAAUUUCAAGUUCUUGAAUUGAUAAGAAUUAAGGCAGCAUGGUGGUCCAUUACAAAUUAUAAAUUUUAAUCUAUCAAUUUUCUUUCUUUUGAUGAUGCUGACUCGGUUUAAACGGCAACUGUCAUGAUGGAGAACUGCUUUUAUAAAAAUUAUGCAGGGGUCAUGUUUCAAAGAAUCAGUCAGUUUAGUAAGUAGGGUUUACUUUCAAACUGUUUUCUUUGUGUUAAGAAGUAUGAGAUGCGUAAUGUUUCUUUAAUGUCGUACCUUGAAGUUAUUGUAAUGUUGUUCCUUUUAUAUAAAUGAAGUUUUACUAUUCUCAAAAAAAAAAAAAAAAAAAAA